AUGGCCACUCAACAACCUCCUUUGAGGUUUACCGGUCACCAGAACCUGGUCUAUCGCCUCGUUCUUGCUACUUUGACUGGCCGCACUGUGCAUAUCUCGCAAAUCCGUCCUAACUCGCCGACCAACCCCGGUUUAGCUCCCCAUGAGAUUUCUUUCCUUCGCCUCUUGGAGGCCGUCACCAAUGGCUCCCAAAUGGAAAUUUCAUACACUGGUACAAUUGUCAUCUUCAAGCCCGGUCUGAUCACCGGUAGCGCUACAGGUGUAGGUGCCAGCGGAGGCUUCAUCACACAUGAAUUGCCCUCAAACUGCAGCCGCGGUCUCAGUUACUACCUGAUUCCUCUCUGCCUCCUGGCCCCGUUCUCCAAAGCCCCCAUGAAGGUCCUUUUCACCGGCUCCGGUGUCAUUACUUCCUCCACACCCACCGGUGAUAUGUCCGUCGACAGUGUCCGAACCGCCAUCCUCCCGCUCUACAACCAAUUCGGCAUGUUCAACAACGUCGAGCUGCGCAUUCUCCGACGCUCGAAUCCCGGUCCCAAUGGCCGCGGUGGUGGUGGAGAAGUUCAAUUCUCAUUCGGUCACCAGAUUCGUCUCCCGAAAACACUGCACCUGAUGAACCCUGGUCGGAUUAAGCGCAUUCGUGGUGUCGCAUACUCCAUUGGUGUCGCGGGAUCCAAUAACGCCCGCAUGAUCGAAGUUUCCCGUGGUAUUCUCAACCCUCUCAGUCCUGAUACCUACAUUUUCUCCGACGUUUCGUCUGCGCCUCUGAUCCCCGCACCCACUAAGGACAACCCUAAUGCGAAGAGGAAGAUCGGUCUGGGUUUCGGUCUGUCCCUAGUUGCGGAGUCCUCUACUGGGUGUCUUUUCUCUGCUGAUGUGGCUUCCCCACCAUCGGGUGGUGUGCCUCCUGAGGAUAUUGGCAAGCAGUGCGCGUUCCAGCUGCUGGAGACUGUCUCCAAGGGCGGCUGUGUGGCUCCAGCUGCUGCCACAACCAUGUUGACUCUUAUGACUAUGGGUUCAGAAGAUGUGGGCCGAUUGCAGGUGGGUCGGGAGGUUAUCGCUGAUCCCAAUCUGAUCCAGCUUGCGCGUGAUUUGACCCAGUUCGGUGCUCCUGGUUGGGGUAUCCGUGAUGCCUCGAGUGAGAACGAUACAGGUGAUGUGAUCAUCAGUGUGGUGGGACGUGGUAUUGGCAAUGUUGGCAGAAAGGUUGCUUAA